AUAAUAAUUCUGAUGAAAAAUUUUUUCAUAAUACAAUAUAACCAAUCAUAUAAUCGUCAUCAUAUCUGAAUUUCUUAUCAAUCUUUUAAUAAAGAUAAAUAAAUUACAUUACAUAUAUGGGUCUAAAAGCCUGAUGAUAUGAAGUUGUUAUGAUACAUUUUUUUAAAAAAAGAGACGAAUCAUCUAGUGCAUGUAAUAAAAAUUGAAAAAAAUCGCUUACUCAAUAUUGACGUGAUUUUCACUUGAAAAUUGCUGUAUUUUAUUGAUGAAAAAUUAAAUAGAACAAAUUCAAAGAAAUUCAACCGCAAAAAUGAUGGAAGACAAUCCAAACGCAGAUAUUUGUCGAGUUUGUCGCUGUGAAGGCACACCGGAAAAGCCAUUAUAUCAUCCAUGCAUAUGUACGGGUAGCAUAAAAUUUAUACAUCAAGAAUGCCUAGUUCAAUGGCUUCGUUAUAGCGAUAAAGAAUUCUGUGAAUUAUGUAAUCACAGAUUCUCGUUUAUUCCAAUAUAUUCACCUGAUAUGCCGAAAAGAUUACCUAUUAAAGACAUUAUGAGCGUAUUGCUUAGAUGUCUUUUUACGGCAGCACGUUAUUGGUUUCAAUAUACACUGGUUGCUGCCGCUUGGCUUGGUUUAAUUCCGUUAACUGCUUAUCGGAUUUACAUGUUUUUAUUCAAUUAUUCAUGGAGCGAUGUCAUGAAUUUCACCGUUGAAUUUUACAAACCCGAAACACUAUUCUCUGAUGGAUUUUAUGGAUGCUGUGUAGUUAUGUGUACGCUUUGUACAUUUAUAUUUGUAUUGUGGUUACGAGAACAGAUCAUUCGAGUUGGAGCUCCUGAUUGGCUUGAAAGACCUUUCGAGCGAAAUGCUUUAUUCAGGUUGUUGAUGCGUGAUCAAAAUGUCGAGCCAAAUGCAAAUAAUGACGAAGACGAUGAUGAAGACGAAGGUGAUGAUGAUGAGGAUAAUGAUGAUGAAGAAGAAGACAACGAUGAAGAUGAAGAUGAAAGAAUUCUUGACGGAGAAGUGGCCGAAAUCAACAAUAACACCGAUAACAACUUAAUGGUUGAAAAUGAUGCCAUAAAUGAAAAUGAGAAUGGACAGGAAAACUUGCCAGCAGUCGUACAAAAUGCUGGACCAGCCAUUAAUCCUGGUGGCGUCCCCGAAGCAAGAAAUGGUUUGCAACUGGGUCGUGCACGAUUGCCUGCAGCCCAAAACAAUAAUAAUAAUAAUCCGGUUGUAGCUCAAGAUUGGAAUCCCGUGAUAGAAUGGGACCGAGGAGCUGAAGAUAUCACUUGGGAAAGAGUAUUUGGUUUGGAUGGUACAUUCGCAUUUCUGGAAAAUGUGUUCUGGGUGAUCACUUUAAACACCUUAUUCAUAUUGGGGUUUGCAUUUUUUCCAUAUCAUAUUGGAAAUGUCCUAUUCAAACGUAUGAAUGUCGAAAUUAUUGUAUCGCCACAUUUUGACCGUUUCAUCAUCAUAUUUAUGGGUUACAUUAUGAUUGGCGCAAUUCUGUUUCUAAUGCAUAUCGUCACAUCAUUGACUCAAUUUAACCGUAUUCAACGUUUUUUUGGUUUCUGUUAUAUCAUUGUCAAGGUUGCUCUGUUGGUAACUCUAGAAAUUGGACUAUUUCCCACUUUAAUCGGAUGGUGGCUUGACAUUUGCUCGUUACCUUUAUUCGACAGCACACUUUUACAUCGUAUCGAAAACUUUUUUGCAUCACCUGGUACAUCACUCUUCAUCCAUUGGCUGGUCGGAUUGUUUUGUAUUUUUUAUUUUGUUUCUUUUAUAAUCAUGGUGAAAGAAAUUGUUCGUCCCGGACUGUUGUGGUUUGUCCGAAAUCUAAAUGAUCCCAACUUUAAUCCCAUCAAUGAAAUGAUUAAUUUAUCGAUUUUUUCACACAUCAAAAGAUGUGUCUACAGCUUAAUCGUAUUUGGAACGACUAUUUUGAUAAUGAUUUAUCUACCGGUUGGUUUGAUUCAAAAUUUAAUGCCGAAAUUUUUGCCAUAUAAUAAUAUUUCGAGCAAUGAUUCUCCAUUCACUGAAUUAUUGAUUGAACUUUUUUUGUUCCAACUGGUUUUACCUGCAUUGAUCGAUCAUAAUGAUCAUAAUAAUUCAAGAAAAUUCAUUAAAUUGAUGAUACGAGGAUGGUGUCAAGUAAUGGCAUAUUUAUUGGAUUUGAAGAGCUAUUUGUUAGGUGAUAACAACAACAAUAAUAAUAAUAAUGGCAAUAACAACGAUAACAAUAAUGAUCAAGCCAACGAAGAGAACAUCGAUGAUGCAUCUAGUCAUAAUCAAAUGUAUCGAAAGCCCAAGCUUUUCUAUAUACGUGUAACAUUCUUAUUAGUAGCUUUCUGGGCGACAUUGCUAUUUUUCGGCGCUUUCACAUUGACCGUUCCCGUUUUGUUGGGCCGAGCUUUGAUCAACUUUUAUUUUGGUGAUAUUCGAGUCAAUGAAUUUAAUACUGCUGCCUGUGGAAUAUAUGCAAUUGUUAUAUUCUUACAAAUGAUUAGCGUUGUCGUGCGCGGAAUUUCACGUGGCUGGACACAAAUCAUCACUAAGAUAACCGAAUGGAUACCUAUACUCUGUAAAUUAGCAGUGGCCGCAAUUCUUUUACUUGGAGUGAUACCUUUGUUGAUUGGACUUUUAUUCGAAGUAGUUCUUCUCUUACCUUUACGAGUUCCAUUGGGACAGACACCUGUUUUCUAUCUAUAUCAAGAUUGGGCAUUCGGAGUAUUGCUGACCAAUGUUAUAUGCGCUAUCACAAUGAUGACUGAUCUUCAAUUCAAAGAAACUUUGGAACAGGUCUACAACAAUGGUUUGGCUAACAUAAACCUUCGUGUAAUAUUAUUUGAUUUGGCAUUUCCCAACAUCUCCAUUAUCGGCAUGAUAUUGGCCCUACCAUAUGUGUUUGUUAACACAUUGUUUCCACUGUUUGGAGCUACAAUUGAGCUUCAGAAUUUAGUAAAUCGUCGAAUACAUUCCAUUCUGUUUGUCAUAGCACUUUUGUUCUUUUUGGUCAAAUACCAGAUCAACAAGUUCACAAGAUUUUAUGAGCACAUACGUAAUGAUAAAUAUUUAGUCGGAAGGCGUCUCGUCAAUUAUGAUCCCAAUAAUCGAAGUAUGGUUCAAGUUUCCAAGUGAUUCAAAUUUUUAGACAAUAAUUGAUGAAGAUUGUGUCUUGUUAUGAUUCUGUUUUUUGGUAAUAAUACACUACUUUUUAAUCAU